AUGAAAGCCAUACUCACAAGCAAUGUGAGUCUUGAAGAAGGAGCAAUGAUGAUUACAAAGGAGUGUAGUGCCAUACUUCAGAAUCGCAUGCCAGAGAAGCUGAACGACCCAGGGAGUUUUGUUUUGUCUUGCAAGAUCGGUUCUACACACUUCCAUAGAGCACUUUGUGAUUUGGGUUCAAGUGUGAACCUAAUGCCUUACUCAGUGGCCAAGCUAUUGGGCAUCACUGACUUCAAACCUACAAAGAUCUCUCUAGUCUUUGCAGACAGAUCUGUUCGCCGCCCUGUUGGUGUUAUUAUGGAUGUUCCAAUCAUGGUUGGAGAUUGCUACAUCCCUGCUGAUUUUGUAGUUCUUGAGCUGGAACACCAACCUAAAGACCCUCUUAUCUUGGGAAGGCCAUUCCUAGCUACUGCAGGAGCUAUAAUAGAUGUCAAGAAUGGAAAGAUUGACUUGCAUCUUGGAGAUAUAGUGAUGAAUUUCGAAGUAAACAAGUCUAUGGAGAAGCCAACUGUAGAUGGUCAAGCCUUUUGGAUUGGAGAGCUCGCAGAGACAAGAGAAGAAGUGCUGGAUGAACUCCUUCUUAUUGAUCCCUUGGAGCUAGCUUUGACAAAAGCUGAGAAUGAGUAUGGAUACAUGGAAAGAGAAGCUCAAUGCUUAGUCAAGUUCAUGGAUUCAAAGGAAGCUUAUAAGGAGCUGAUAGCUUAUAUGGACUUAGAGAGAGAAGAGGAAGAGCCAGACAUUGACAAGAAUCAGGAAAUAUCACAAACCAAAGUUAAGUUCGACCCAUGGUGCCCACUUAGAGCCCCAAAAGCCGAGCUCAAACAACUCCCAGUUGGUCUAAGGUAUGAAUAUCUUGGUCCUAAUGAAACAUAUCCUGUUAUUGUUAAUGCUGCACUAACAAAAGAAGAGACCGCUUUACUUGUUCGCGAACUGAGAAAGCAUAGAAAGGCUCUUGGUUAUUCUUUGGAUGAUUUAACAGGAAUCUCACCUGAACUAUGCACACAUCGCAUCAUCCUGGAGGAUGAGUCUAGUUCUUCAAUUGAACACCAAAGGAGGCUAAACCCCAACCUAAAGGAAGUUGUCAAGAAGGAGAUAAUGAAGCUACUGAAGGCUGGAGUGAUUUAUCCAAUAUCAGAUAGUGCUUGGGUCAGCCCUGUACAUGUCGUGCCAAAGAAAGGAGGGAUCACAGUCAUCAAGAAUGAACAUGAUGAGCUCAUUCCAACAAGAACAAUCACUGGACACAGAAUGUGUGUCGACUACAGGAAACUGAACUCCUCCACACGCAAGGAUCACUACCCCUUGCCAUUCAUAGAUCAGAUGCUUGAGCGCCUUGCCAAUCAUCAAUACUACUGUUUCUUGGAUGGAUACUCAGGAUUUUUCCAGAAGACUACAUUCACUUGUCCCUAUGGCACAUAUGCUUAUAGGAGAAUGCCUUUUGGAUUGUGCAAUGCUCCAGCUACAUUCCAAAGGUGUAUGAUGUCCAUAUUCACAGAUCUCAUAGAAGAGAUUAUGGAAGUUUUCAUGGAUGAUUUCUCAGUAUAUGGUUCUUCCUUUGAAUCAUGUUUGGCAAAUCUUGGAAGAGUGCUACAGAGAUGUGAAGACAAGCACCUAGUUCUAAAUUGGGAGAAGUGCCAUUUUAUGGUUGGAGAUGGAAUAGUGCUUGGACAUAGAAUCUCAGAAAGAGGCAUAGAAGUUGAUAAAGCCAAGAUUGAAGUAAUGACAAACCUUCAACCGCCCAAGACAGUCAAAGAUAUCAGAAGCUUCUUAGGACAUGCUGGGUUAAAGAUACCCCUUGAUGAUAGGCUACCUGAAGAAUCAGUUUAUGCAGCUGAAGCUAGCAAUAAGCAUGGACAACUAAGGCCAUCACAGGCCAGGAACAAAGAUCUCAUCAUCAAACACACCAUGGUUUCGCCACAUAGCAAACUUCCUUGCAGCUGA